AUGUCUGACCAUCAAGAGUUUACUCCCGCGCAACUUGAACGCAUCAAGAGCGCCGUCAACUCUGUCCUUAUAUCCACCAACGCACCGCACAUGACUGGCACAGUCGUCAAAGACAUUCUCCACAAUCAGGAUCUCAUGAUCGCUCUUCCUGCCCCGAUCGUAUCCAUCGACAACUCAUCACCUGUGAGUUUCAUUCGGCUUCCGCCCGAGAUCCGCAACACGAUCUACCGAUAUUGUCUUAUUGUUGGCGAAGUGUACCCAAGACCAAAGCACGACGAAGAUGACCGUUUCAAUUGUCGAUCACACUUCGAGAGACCUCAGACUCAAAUCUUUCAAUUGUGUCGACAAGUAUUCAAUGAAGCAGCACCCAUCUACUUCGGAGAAAACAAAUUCAUCCUCUCCUACGGCGUGUGGCCCUGGUUUCAUCACGCAAUCACUAUUCGUGCUAAAAAUACAUCUGGGAUGGCUCAGCGGCAUCUGAGGUCUUUGAGUAUCACCUUUGACCUCCGGGACGGUCAGAGUCUACCUUCUGCUCUUCAAACAAACAGCAAUCACGACAACUUUGAGGCCAAGCUCUUCACCAGAUGGUAUGUCCUCGAAAAAUCGCUGUGUCGUUUGAUGAAUCUGCAACUGCUUGAGGUUUCGCUGGAGAACUGCUACUGUGCUUUUUGCCACCGCCGCCUGGCAAUAGCCGCUGCGGGUCAUCUGGCGAGAGGUAUCAGGAUUUCCUCUGCUCGAGUGAUUUUGAGAGGACUGGGCAGCAGUAAAGAAGCAUCCUCGGUACAAGAGACCAUUGAUACCCUGGCCCGUACUCAUGGCAGAGAUGGAUGGCAUCCUGAAUACGAUGACGAGGAUCCAAAUGACAAGCUUAAAGUCGCAUUCCGAGUGGUUAAGAAGUGA